AGCGCACUGCCGGCGCCGCCACCAGCCGAGCCGUGUCACCUGCCGCGCCCGCCGCACCCGGCCGACAUGAAGACCCCCGGCGAGGUGCUGCGUGAGGGCGAGCUGGAGAAGCGAAGCGACAGCCUUUUCCAGCUGUGGAAGAAGAAGCGCGGCGUACUCACCCCCGACCGCCUGAGCCUGUUCCCCACCGGUCCCGGCGCGCGCCCAAAGGAGCUGCGCUUCCACUCCAUCCUCAAGGUGGACUGCGUGGAGCGCACGGGCAAGUACGUCUACUUCACCAUCGUCACCACCGACCGCAAGGAGAUCGACUUCCGCUGCGCGGGCGAGAGCUGCUGGAACGCGGCCAUCACGCUGGCGCUCAUCGACUUCCAGAACCGCCGCGCCCUGCAGGACUUCCGCAGCCGCCAGGAGCGCGCCGCGCCCGCCGCGCAGCCCGAGACCCGGACGGCCCGCGCGCCCUGAGCGCCGCCGCGGAGCCACACACUGGACCAGUCGAGCAGGAGCCCAGGGGAUUCCCAGGGCGGCAGGAGCCCGGGCGGCGCCCACCCGCUGACCACAGCGAGGACAAAGGCCGGGGCGGCAUCCCUGCCCCGCAGAGAAGGACCCUCCCGUGCGGAGCCGAGGAGCCUCGCCCCCGCUGUGCGGGCGCGUUAAAUUAUUGGACUAUCUAUGUAUUUAUUUUGAUGAUACUUGUGGUAAAACCAUUUGUCUUAAUAAUAUAUAUUUUUUGCAUCAAUAUGUCCAUUCCAAAUAAACUACUUGAGCUGUUCUCUUUUCUACCA